AUGGCCCGAUUAUUCCUGCUGUUACAACUCUCCAGCUUGAUGGCGGUCGGUAUCGCUCACCAGCAGGCUCUAAAUCAGCUUCCACUUGUGUCUAAUCAGGGCGAUGAGUUUCACCCUACCCCAUUCUAUAGUCGACAAAGAGACGAGACGAGCUUGGACGAUGCCUUCAAGGAGUUCGAACGUAUUACGGACAACCCACCGCUGUUUACGGGUAUCACGACAUUUGCACAUUUGGACGCUCCGGCCUGUUUCUCCAAAGAUCUCCCGGAUGGCUCCUUCGACAUCGCUUUCGUGGGGUCACCGUUUGAUACAGGUGUGAUCUAUAGGACAGGUGCAAGGUUUGGCCCUGCCGGGAUUCGAAUGGGAUCACGGAGGCUGGGAAAAUACAGUGGACAUAGUGUGGAGCUUGACUACAACCCUUUCAAUUCUCCUUUCACCGUCGUCGAUUGUGGUGAUGCCCCGGUGACUCCAAUGGACAAUCGUGUGGCUAUCAAGCAACUUGAGCAAGCCCAUCAAAUCAUCACAUCCCGCAAGCCAGCCAACCAAACUCUGCUCAAGCAUCCCAAGCUCAUAACACUCGGUGGCGAUCAUACCAUUACCCUGCCUGCGUUGAGAAAUGCAUACAAGCAGUGGGGUCAACUCAGCAUCAUCCAUUUCGACUCUCACCUAGACACGUUCAAUCCGGACAGCUUGAAGGACAUCUACGGAGGGGUUAACAGCAAUUACUCUUCUGUAAACCAUGGAACCUACUUCCACAUCGCGAAAGAUGAAGGCCUUCUCAAAGACGACGCCAAUAUCCAUGCUGGUGUCAGAUUGAUGCUGUUCGACCCUGUGGAAGAUAUCAAGGAGGACAGACGCUGUGGCUUUGACAUCAUCAAAGCUACUCAGAUGGAGACUUUGGGCAUCAAAGGCAUAGUGGAGCGCCUGAAGAAACGCGUUGGCGACGGUCCUGUAUACAUCUCCAUUGACAUUGACGUCCUCGAUCCUGGCUUUGCGCCUGCAACUGGGACUGCGGAACCUGGAGGCUGGACGUCUCGAGAGAUGUUAUCCAUCAUUGAGGGACUUUCCGGCAUCAACCUCGUGGGCGCAGACAUUGUGGAAGUUGCCCCAGCUUAUGACACGAAUGCCGAGACGACCACGAUGCUGGCAGCCGAGUUGUUAUACGAAAUUCUCAUCGUGAUGCAAAUGAGCCCGGUUUGA